UAUCCAUACAUUACAUGUGGUUAUUAUCCCAAAAAAAAUAUAUAUUUUAUUUACUUACAUUCAUGCUUCUAUUUUAAAACACAUACUUCUCCCUUCUUUCUCCCCUCACUGCCUCAACCACACCCAAUUAACAGAUCUUCUUCUUCUUCUUCAGGGCUAAAGAAAGAAAGUUUUGAUUUGAUCUUUGAUUACCAUGUCUCCACCACUUCUUGUUGAUGAAGAGGAAAAAGGUCAAAGCAAAGUCAACUUGUUGACUUGUUCACCAUCCAUAGAUGGUGUGUGUGAUCUCCGAGAGCGAAACUACAUGGGAUUAUCCGAUUGUUCUUCGGUGGGGAGCUCUGCAUUGUCACCAUCUUUAGAGGAUGGGAAUUUAACUUUGAAUUUGAAAGCUACUGAACUUCGACUUGGGCUUCCCGGAUCAAGAUCACCCGAGAGAGACCAGGACCUUUGCUUACUUAAGUCGCCAAAACUCGAUGAGAAACCGCUGUUUCCAUUGUUUUCCCCUAAAUCUGUUGUUUCCCGAAGCAAAAGAGGGUUUUCUGAUACCGUAGAUUCUUUCGCCGAGGGAACACUUCGGUCAAACCCCGAGCCUCUUUCAAUUCAAGAAAGCUCGUGUGUUGCUAACAACGCCAAUAAAAGCCAAACAAAUGCUGCAAAUAACAUCAACACUUCUCGUACCCCCAAGGCACAGGUUGUGGGUUGGCCCCCUAUAAGAUCGUCAUUUAGGAAGAACUCCACGGCUAUGAUCGCUUCAAAGAAAGGGAAUGACGUAGAGCGAAAAGCAGGGGAUCGGGCCCUUUUCGUGAAGGUGAGCAUGGACGGUGCACCUUAUCUUAGGAAAGUUGACUUGAGCGCGUAUUCUGUAUAUCAAGAACUGUCUUCUGCACUCGAGAAGAUGUUCAGCUGUUUCACAAUAGGUCAAUAUGGAUCUUAUGGCAACGAGAAGCUGAGCGAGACGAAGCUGAAGGACUUAUUGCACGGAUCGGAAUAUGUUCUUACGUACGAGGACAAAGAUGGUGACUGGAUGCUUGUCGGGGACGUUCCUUGGGAGAUGUUUAUCAGUACUUGUAAACGCCUCCGAAUCAUGAAGAGUUGUGAUGCCAUUGGUCUAGCUCCAAGGGCUGUGGACCUUAGCAGUAAUGGGAGCUAGUGAAGUCUUUAUGCACAUGAUCAUUGUUGUACAUCCAACAUCGUUAACGGUUAACGCUUAACAGAAAACCAGAACGGGUCACCAAUCAUGAGUUGUAAUUUGUCGUUUUCAGUUGCUAUGCGCUCUUGUGGCGUUUAGUUUGUUGUUUAGUAUUUUAACGUUAGUAACUGCUAACUUCUUGACAUUAUUGCUUAAGAAAGCAUUCGAAAACUUAUGUCUUGUUUAA